AAUAAUUUUUAUUUCAGAAAUUAAGAUGGACGGUGUUGAAAGAGUAAAAAGUACUGCCAAGAGAGAGCUACGAAGUGUUGAAGAAUCCAAACUAAAAGUGAUCGACUUCGUGGAACACAUUUUGGAAAAGAAAUUGAGCAAACUUCGAACUGCCAACGACGAGCUACAACGUCAUGAUCAAACAUCAGAUUCGUUUAUAAACACUUACAGCAUCUUCGAAGACGAUUUGAAAGAAAUGAACAAAUUGUGUAAUUUAAUUCCCCUGUUUUUGAACAAAUUCGUUCCGCGUGAAGAAACGGUUUCCCGUGAAAUCCCUGUGGAAAAUCGUGUAAACAGUCCUCCAAGACCUGAAAACUCUGCAAAAGACAGUCAAUCUAAAAAAGUGAAUCAGAAGUCGACGGAGAAAAAAUUGGCGCUUGAUGAACUGUUGCCGAAAAAUGAUCUGGGUAAACAAUUCAAGGGAUUUUUGGUACACCUGGAAGGACCAAAUCAAAUUUACUGUGCUCCUAGAAACAUGCUGUCAAAAUACGACGAAUUAGCGGAAAAACUUAAGAAGUUUCAGACAAGAGAGCGGCUUAAUCUUCGUGACCUCGCUCUUCCGACUUUGGCUCUUGUCCCGUCUAAAAAGUACCCAGGAUCAAUUUUUCGGGCGUUUGUCAUGUCCAAAGACGCAGUAAACAAAACUUGUACAGUUAUGUUUGCUGAUUGGGGCGACCAGGAAAUAGCCCGGAUGGACGAAGUUUACAAAAUUCCACCCGCCUUUUGUCUUCUACCGCCAGUGGUGAAAAUUGAACUGACUUACUCGUCAGGUGGCAUUAGAAUACCGAAUGAGCAGUUGUUACCAGAAAGGAAAACAACAAAAGAGUUGUUGAAGAAACAUUUAAUUGGCAAGGAUGGAUUUUCCAAACGAAUUGACGUCAUUGUCUUCGAACAGCCACAGAAACCAGGAGAUGCUUUUGGAGUUUAUGCUUCAGUUGAAGGAGUUUCUGUUCUCGAAGCAAUUGCGGAGCAACUAAAGCUAAGGUGCGGUGGUGAUGGAGCAAAAUCUAGUCAUGUACAAACAUCAUUAAAUUCAGGCCGUCAAACUAAAUCAUCGACAUCAGUGAAAACACCCUUCUAUGGUUUUGAAGCUCCAGAAGAAAACGUUGAUGAAAUUCACAAAUUAGAGGAGAUCGAGGCGUCCAAAAAGCUUGAUACGUUCUUACAGAAAAGUAACUUUGGAAUCGCUGCUCUUCAAAGUGCUUACUUGAAUCCAGAUGAUGAGCCACCGAUGUUACCGGAUGAAGACGUCGUGUCAUGUAGACCUCAGUCACCUGUGGGAAGCGAUAUAACGUCAGUUAGUCAGAGGGAAGCCAGAAGACCCUUUGUGUUUGGGAACAAUUUCGGGUAAUUGGAAAGAGAUGAUUCUCAAUAGCCAUAGAAGUUGAAAUGCUUAAUCUCGAAGUGAUUUGGUCACAUAUGCACAAGUUAAUUCGCGAAUUCGUUUUUAGAGCUCCGUUGACAGAAUAGAUAUCUAUAAACUCUACUUCAAGCAUUGGUUGAGAAGUAAAAUUCAGUUUGUGCUAAGUUUUGUUGCAGUUUCUUUGAUAUUUGUCAAUCAUUUCAAAUGAAUUACCAUAACCAUUGCUUCGUAUUAUAUGAAAUUGAAGUAAAUUUGUCA